GACACAGACAUACACAUGAGUUCCCUGGACCCACUGUGCUGUGACAGCAGGGGCAUAAAGAGCAGUGAGUUGGACUCCCCCUCUCAUUGUCACCAUCAUCCUCUUGGAUAUCGGAAAGGGAGAAACUGGAGUAGUCUUGUGGAAUCUACUGCAAGCUCUGUGGAGACUCUUCCGGCCACUAAUUUCUCAAUACCAUUGUCCACAAUGUCUAUGUUGAAGGCAAUAGCCAUGGUACCUCCUAGCUGUGAUGCUCAUGCCACAGUCUGCUCGGGCAAAGAUUGCCUCGUUCCUCCGAGUAACUUCAAUGCAAUACUGAGCGAAGUGUUGGCCGUAGUGCUCACCGUGAUGCUUGCUAUGGUCAUGUUCUCCAUGGGUUGCAAUGUGGACGCCGAUAAGCUGUGGGGUCACAUCAAGAGACCCUGGGGCAUUGUCAUUGGUUUCCUCUGUCAGUUUGGUAUUAUGCCCUUCACAGCAUUUGCCUUGUCACUCGCCUUUGGAGUGUUACCUGUGCAGGCUAUCGUCAUCAUCAUUAUGGGCUGUUGUCCUGGAGGCACUGGCUCCAACAUUAUCUGCUACUGGCUCGAUGGAGACAUGGACCUCAGUAUCAGUAUGACAGCCUGUUCUUCUAUCCUGGCCUUGGGGAUGAUGCCUCUGUGCCUGCUCAUUUACACCUCUACCUGGACAUCCAGUGACACCAUCCAGAUUCCAUAUGACAGUAUUGGUAUCACACUAGCAGCCCUUCUCAUCCCAAUUGGUUUUGGAAUGUUAGUGAAGCGCAGGUGGCCCAUCUACGCCAAAAAAAUCCUCAAGGUGGGGUCCAUCCUUGGCUUUCUUCUUAUUAUCGCCAUAGCUGUGGUUGGAGGAGUCCUCUACCAGUCCUCCUGGAACAUCGCUCCCUCCUUAUGGAUAAUUGGUACCAUCUACCCCUUUAUUGGGUUUGGCCUGGGGUUCCUUCUGGCCCGCUUUGUGGGACAACCCUGGUAUAGAUGUCGAACCAUUGCACUGGAGACGGGCUUCCAGAACUCCCAGCUGUGCAGUACCAUUGUCCAGCUCUCCUUCAGUCCAGAAGAGCUGGAAAUCAUGUUUGCAUUCCCCCUCAUCUACAGCAUCUUCCAGCUAGUCGUGGCAGUCCUGUGUGUGGGAGCCUAUCAGGCAUACAAAAGGCACUUUGGCAACAGAGUAGCAGAUGGAGAUAGUGAGGCUUCAUCUUUGGAAGAUGAUCACAUCGAACCAGCAAAGCAAAAGGAAUCUGGUCUGGAAAAUAAUGCUUUUGAGUUCAAUGAAAAUGGCAACAGCGAUGUGAAGGACAGUGACAAGAACACCAAGCUGUGAGAUUACAACCCUGCAAAUAACAGACUUUGGACUUUCUAAAUGAACAUCAGUGACCACAGCAAUACUGAAGACAGCAGCCUGACUAAAUUGUGAACACACACUGCACUCUGUAGGCUGCAGCUGUGCCAUACAGCUGCUGAUAUACACUCAUCAGUGGAAAAGAUCUUCCAAAAACAAAACUGUGCUAAUGUAUUCUCUAGUAAGACCAACAGUUAACUUCUAGGAGGGCCAAUGACCAGCACUGUCCUUUAAUGCAAAAUUGUAUUAUAUUUAAAUAUGAGGCUCCACUUUUCUUUAAUUUAUUCUAAAAUAAAGUAAGAGUCUUUCAAAUAGAUAAAAAUGAAAAAGUUUUCAAAGUUUAUUACAUUUUUAGUAUCAAGAAUUUUUUUUUUUUAUUUAUAGAAGUUUGAAAUAAAUAAGUUAGUGGUCUCUCCAAACUGAUGAAAAGGGAUAUACAGAUAUCCCUGUGUUUGUGAUACAUAUUCACAUUUCAACUAAUUUAUUAGUCCACAGUAACUUAUAUAUAUUGUAUUUUAAUAACUUAAAGACAUAGCUGAUUGAAAAAAAAGAAAGUAUUUGCAAUUCUGCUCAUUUACUUUAAGCAUUUUUAAAGCUUUUCCUUUGUUUUCAUAGAUGUAAAGAAACAAACAUUUCUGUCUGUGUCAACUGUAAUAAAUUCAUUGACUUGCUUAAAAAAAGAAAGAAAAAAGAAAAUAUCUUUGUCCUUUAUUGUUGUAAUAAUUUGUGUUUUCAUAUCAAUAAAUCACUUGUAUUCAGUCAACAUAUUAAUAUUUGUCAACAGGUACUUUCAGUAGAUACAACUGUAAUUGUUCAAAUGUGGAUGACCUGUGUGCUCUUAUGAAAAACAUAUACAAUGUACAGCUUCGCCUUCUUCUAUAAUGUGGUCAAAUGCUAACAUUUACAGACCAGUACAGGCUUAAAAAUAUAGUGCUUUCCAGUCAUGCAAAUCCCAUUAAAGGGUUCAAGGUCUAAAAUGUGACUGUAAACAUCCACAAGCACAAAUAUACUGUAAUUGCCAUCAGUAGCUACUAAACACACUAAGCUGUAAGACAGGAACCUUUCACUUCCCUGAACCAGAGUUCUCUUCCCCACCCACAUCCUUCCUCAGCACACUGGCCCCUCCUCAUCCAGAGUGCAGUGAAGCUGCCUUCACUUGCUGUUGGAAAGCUGGGAAUUUUGCACAUGACUAUAAUUCCAUAAUUGCAAACAUUAAUAAAGAUUGGCUUCUUGGUGCAUGGAUCCAAAA